AAGAAGAGAAAGGUCUAUUGUGGAUGCAGAAGUAGCUGCGAAGAAACAUGGCAGAAACAAGUCUGGGUGUUUUUGGUACAGUGAAGACAAUCCUGCAAAGUGCAGCAGCAGGUUUUGCUUUUGGAGAAGCUGCAUUAUUUGCAGUCGAUCCCUCACUGACUACAGAUGGCGUCCUGCUGACUGCUGCGACUCUGGCUGCCGGACGAGCCGGUUCCACGGGUGUCGGCGUGGUGACGGCAUGCCUCGCGUUCACCUUAGUGCUCGUUUCUCUCGGGAGCGGUUUCCUCCUCGCUGCCAUGAUGUUGAAGCUGUUGACCCGAGUCGGAGUGAGGUUGCCAUGGUUAGUGGAGGCCACGACAGGAGCCUCCGUGGUAGUGGGUGCUGUCACUACUGGAUUGUUAGCCGGGAUCAUUCCACCCUGGAUCUACAUCGCAGCUCAAGGCAUCCUGGUCCUUGUAGUCUACUCGUACUCCAAUAUUAACGACAUGACCACAGCCCUGUUAAUCAUCUUCACCACUCUCUACCUGUGUGUAGUUUAUGGGAGGAUGGGUAUCAUGGUUGGACUCUUCGCCGUGGGGUUGACCAUAUCUGUGCUUUGCGCCCUUCGAAAGGCUCUGACAGAGAGGAUGACACAAAGACCAAAACCUAAAACCGAGUGCCAACUUUUGGAGAGAAUAUUCUUCUACUCUGUUUUUGUGGGGAUACUGGGAUUUUCAGUAGGCCUGGGGGCGGGUGAAGCAGGAGAGGGGUCAGAAGCGGAGGUGGUUUUGAUGCUGCAGUCGGUCAUCUGGGUGGCGUUUCUGUCUGCAGGGCUGCUAGGAGCUGGCCUGGGAACAGUGGCCACGGUCGGUCUGGGGUCAGAGGUGGCUGGAAAGGUCACCGUGGGAGCUGCUAUAAUAUCAUCAGUUUCCCUGAGAGUCAUUCUGCAAUCUAGCUCUUCUUUAGGGAUCCGAAGCAGCAUGGGGGGGAUGUUAGGAGCAGCCACAGCUGCAGGGGUGUCCCUCGGAGCCGCGAGUGUUGCAGCAAAGCAGGCCUUUGGGACAAGAAAUUCAACUUUAGCAGCUUUAGGUUCGGUAGCUGUUGGUGCAAUUCUGGCAAUGCGCGUUGUAGCACUCAAGGCGACUCUCCUGUCAACAUCAGAACUUGUAACAAUCAUCCUUGUUGCAGUAGGGUCAUUUGUUCUGGGUGCACCAAAGAGCCCGUUCAACACUCCGGUGAAUCUGCGAGGGGGCCUCCUCACGGGGCCAGAGCUAAUUAAAGGCAUCGGCAUGGAGACGGUCACCGCAGCAGCAGCACCUAUCGGAGCCGGGGCACUCGGGGCUGCAGCGUUGGGUACAGCAGCUCUGGGGAGACUGGGGACUGUGGGAGUUCUGGUGGCUAUAUUGUUGGCUUUGGGAAGUGCUCUUAGCGGCAUGAUAGGAAAAUCUCCGCCGGCAGCAAACGCACACAGAGACUGAUUAAGACCUGGGGUUAAAACUCUGCCUGAACCCAAGGACAAGCACCAAAGAUUUGCAUGUGUGUGUGAGAUGAUUGAUGCGUUUGCAAUAUUGUAAGACUAAACUGAAAUAAAAUGACUAUUAUAAAUGUGAGCUAAUUUGAAUCAGUUUGUUUAAAUAAAAAGCGCAUUUGCUUAUUGAUCAAACCUGGCACUUGUGUAAUAUACGUAUUAUGAAGGCUAGCAGUGAUUAAUAAAA